UUUGGAAGUUGCCGUGUUGACGAGGGAACAUAGGUAUAAAAUUACAGUCAUUCAUGUUAAUUGCAAUGGACUGCAAGUUUUUCAGCUGUACCUUUUAGCAAGUUUCCAAAAUCAUGCUCAUCUUAGCAUACUUCCUUCUGCUCUUCAUCCCUUAUGCAGCUACAAUUACAUUCAAUUUGACAAAUAUUGGUCUACAAAACCAGUUCAAGGAAAUAACGAUGACAGGUGCAGGAUAUAUCACGGAUGACGGAAUGCAAGUAAGUGGCCCGGAUCGGAAUGGUAGAGCAGGACGGGCAACAUACUUUAAACAGCUUCAUCUCUGGGAUAACACCUCUCGUGAACUAGUAAGCUUCACUAGCAAUUUCUCCUUUUCAAUUAAUUCAAACUCGGAUCCAGAGUAUGGUGAUGGUCUCACAUUCUUCCUUGCCGAGAACAAUUCCGUGAUAUUGGCCGGUGGGUCCAUGGGGCUUCCCAUCAAUGGCUUAGAACACACGAAGAGCCCAUUUGUUGCAGUGGAGUUUGAUACAUUUUCAAACCCAGAAUGGGAUCCAAGAAACUCUAGCUAUGAUUUGAUAGGUGAUCAUGUAGGUAUCAACUGUAACUCUCUUGUUUCUAAUACGUCUCAAAAAUGGUUCAGUAAUAUAACUGGUGGGGGAGUCUGUCAAGCUUGGAUUACGUAUGAUUCUGUUUCAAAAAAUCUUAGUGUUUCCUUCACUGGUUUUCAAAAUAAUACAGUUGUACGUCAACAACUUCAUCACAUAAUUGAUCUCAGGAGCGUGUUACCCGAAUGGGUAAUUUUCGGGUUUUCGGCUGCAACUGGAGAUGCUUUCCAGAAUAAUUCUGUGAAAUCUUGGGCAUUCAAUAGUUCUGAUUUACAAUAUAAUGCAAACAACGUGCAACCACCUAGUUGGAGCCCAAAGGCUAUGAAGGGGAAAACCAGAACAGCAGUUCUGGUGAGCUCGUUGGUUGGAUUAUUUGUGGUGAUUAGUUUUCUGGUUGUGCUUGGUUUUUGUUUGUGGAGGAGAAAGAAAAGAAGGGAAGGGAAACAAGGAUUUAACGUUGUGAUGGACAACGUAUUUGAAAUGGGUACUGGGCCGAAAAACUUUAGUUACCAACAAUUAGCUCGGUCAACCAGUGACUUCGCUGAGGAUCAGAAACUUGGUGAAGGAGGUUUUGGUGGGGUCUACCGAGGUUUCUUGCAAGAUUUGAGCAUGCAUGUUGCAGUCAAAAGGGUGUCGAAGAGUUCUAAACAAGGGAUCAAGGAAUAUGCUUCAGAAGUGAGGAUUAUCAGCAGAUUGAGGCACAGGAAUCUAGUUCAACUCACAGGUUGGUGUCAUGAGAAAGGUGAAUUAUUGCUUGUUUAUGAGUUCAUGGAGAACGGAAGCUUAGAUAUGCAUCUCUUCAAGGGGAAAAGCUUGUUGGCAUGGGGAACAAGGUAUAAAAUUGCCCAAGGCUUGGCUUCUGCUUUGUUGUAUCUACAUGAUGAAUGGGAGCAAUGUGUUUUGCAUAGAGAUAUCAAAUCAAGCAAUGUGAUGCUGGACUCAAAUUUUAAUACAAAGCUUGGUGAUUUUGGGUUAGCUAAGUUGGUUGACCACGAGAAAGGUUCACAGACAACGUUAUUAGCUGGAACCUUAGGUUACAUGGCUCCUGAAUGCGUAGUAACCGGUAAGGCAACCAGAGAAUCAGAUGUAUUCAGCUUUGGAGUCGUUGCUUUAGAAAUAGCUUGUGGGAGAAAACCCAUCGUGUACAAGGCUCAAGAAAACCAAAUACGCUUAGUUGAUUGGGUUUGGGAGCUCUAUGGGGCUGGAACUCUUUUAGAAGCAGUCGAUCCAAGACUAGGGUCAGAUUAUGAGGGAGAAGAAAUCAAGCGUUUGAUGAUGAUUGGUCUGUGGUGUGUUCACCCUGACAUGGUCGUUCGUCCCUCCAUGAGGCAAAUUAUUCAGGUACUGAACUGCGAAGCUUCACUGCCCAUACUCCCCUCAAAGAUGCCUGUGGCAUCUUACUUGUCUUCUCCCAUGUCUUAUUCAGAUGGUGUCGCUUCCAUCAUCCCAACCCAAUCAUCAAGCAGCACAUUUUACAUGGGUCGUUCCUGAAAGCAAAAAAUUAGCAUCAAGCGGUCUUAGCAUUAUUAUUACUAGAAUCGUAUUUAUCUAUAAUGUGGUCACACACAGAUGGAUGUAUAUAUGGAUGUUUACAUGCAUGUAAUAGUCUAUCUGUGUGUUUGUGUGGGCUGCGCGUUCAUUGAAAAUAAUGUAAAUGCCGUGUAUAUCCUCAUUAUAUAAAAUUGGCUCUCUCCUGCCUUAUUUCUUGUGUUAU